AUGGUUUCCUUCCAGUGCGAGUCUUGUGGCGACGUCUUGACCAAGAAGAAGCUUGACCCACACAGAUCUCGUUGUCGCGGAGCCACAUUUUCCUGUAUCGACUGCAUGGUCUAUUUCAACGGGACCGACUACAGAUCCCAUACGAGUUGCAUAACCGAGGACCAGAAAUACCAGGGCACACUCUAUAAAAACAAGAACAAGAAGGUCAAACUAAACCCGCCAGCCAACGCGGAAGAACGGCCGUUCAACAUCACGACCCCCAAUAACAAGCCCGCUGCCCAGAUGGCAGCCGCAGUACAACAGCGACAUGUGUCGCACAACGCCUACGUAGAAGAUGUGGCAGAAGACGUAAACGAAUACCUAGUCCAAGACAACGACAGCGAUAGGUCAGACGACGACGACGAUGAUGCCCCUCCACACGCACCCACCCCGCCCCCCGGCCCGGAAGACCGCGUCAACGUAUUCGAUUUCCUGGUGGCUAGCGCCGGCACCACGCCAAAUAUGUCCAGCAUGAACCUGACACGCGGCCCCGCCGGCCCCGCGACUCUGGCCGACAGCACGCAGGUGGUUUCAUACGAGCGUGCCGAAGACCACGGCCUGGUCGAGGCCAGCGCCAGCAAGCAGCCGCCUGUGGCCCAGUUCGAGAUGGGCCCCGUGGCUGUGCUUCCGACCGCCUUCCAGACGCCGGCGCAGCGGAGCAGCGGCGACAAGGAGGUCAAGAAGGACAAGAAGCGCAAGCGGCUGAUGCUCGACAUCAGCGCCGACGCGCCGCCCGUGCUGCACUCGGGCCUGACUGGCGGCCUGCACCGCCUUUCCACCAAGCAUGUGCCCCCCUUCCCACCGUCGCCGGAGUCGGCUGAGACGCCGGCGAGUCCGUUGAAGAAGACCAAGGCGCCCACCAAGCACGCCAAGUCACGAUCCGAGACGAUGAGCACGGGCCUCUUUGCCGCUCUGACGGCUAAGCCCAAGAGCAAGAAGCGCAAGCAGCGAUCGGCCUCGCCGACCGACAAGAAGAACAAGGAGGGCCACAGCGGCCACGGCCACCGCGAUCACCACCGCGAUCACCGUGAGAGCCGCGAGAGCCGCGAGCACCGACACCACCGGCGUCACAGCCAUCACAAGACGGAGGACGAGAAGAAGGCGGCGCUGAAGAUGAUCGAGUACCCGGCCAACAAGGAGGGCGACAGCAGCAACAGCAGCGGCCAGAUGAUUGUGUACAAGCCGCCGGCCGACCUUUUUCUCAGCUUCGUUAACAAGGGUCCCGAGAGCGAGCGCGGCUGCAGCAUGAACAAGGCCUUGAAGCGUUUCCACCGCGAGCGCACGUCGUCGGGCAAGACCCACGGCAAGCAGACGGAGGAGAAGGAGCUGUUCCGGUCGCUUCGGUUGCGCAAAAACGACCGCGGCGAGAUUGUCGUAUUCUACAUCGACCCGUGA